ACCUUCGUGCUGCAAAGCCGGGUGCGGGAGAGAGAGCAUCAUCGUCGGGGCAGUAUUCUUAAAGAUCCUACAAAAGCUACACCAAAAAAGAAGACCCCCAGCUCUAUAUGCGCGUCAACCACAAAAUGGUCAUGCAAGCGUCACCCGUCUUCAAAACUAUGCUCAAACACACCUUCCUAGAAGGCAACACGCUCUACAAUACGGGACGAGUCGAGGUCCCGCUGCCAGAAGACGAUCCUAUUCCAUUCGGCGUGCUGAUGGACAUCAUUCACGGACGAGACCGCUGGUCUCGCGUUCCCCGACAAGUCGACCUCGCGUUCCUCACUCGGUUAUCUAUCUUAGUCGACAAGUAUGAACUUUUGCAAGCCGUGUCGCCCUUUGUGCGGGAAUGGUUCGAGAAUCUCCGGUUAGAUAUCCCGCAGGCGUUUGGGCCCGAUAUCACGCAUUGGCUGUGCGUGUCCUGGGUCUUUCGACGGCCGGAUGAGUUUAAUCACGUGACGAGGAUUGCGGAGCGGGAGAGCAAUGGGAUGGAUCUUGAUUCGUAUUCGGGGGAAUUGAAGGAGGAUCUUCCGAUUCCGCAGAGAGUAUUAGAAGAAAUUUCCCGGCGCCGCGAAACUGCUAUCCGGCGCUCCUACGAAGUACUAGAUCGCAAUAUCGACAUGCUUCAAUCCGGCUCACCACGCUGCACUUCCACGCGGCACGAGCCUCACCGCUUUACCUGCGACGCCGUCCUCCUUGGCUCACUCCUGGAAUCCUCUUCCAAGUUAGGCAUUUGGCCACCGCCGGAAGCACCGUAUUUCGAAGUCACGUUUAAGAAUCUGAUGGCGGAUAUCAAUCAGAUUAAUUUGACGAGCUUUUGUACGAAGAUGGGGUAUACGAAUCAGAGCUCUAAUUCGCAUGGGAUGAAGACGGAGAUUAAUGCUGCGUUGGGGAAGGUGAGGAAUAGGUUGAGUGGAUUGAAUAUGAGGGAUUUUGAGUGAAGGAUGGAAUGGUGGAGGUUGUUUUUCGCUUCUGUUUGGAUGUGAAUAGGGAUUGGAUUCAUUCUUCACACUGGAUAUGCAUUUGCAU